CAGGCCGUUUGUGUCGAAACCCUGCGCGCCCUCUGAGCGAUGCUGCGGAGCUGCGUCUACCGACUGCGGACACCGGGAGUCCUCUGCGGCCCGCUGGGAGGCGCGUCCCCGCCGGCGAGGGACUCGUGGCCGCUGCCUGACCUGGGACCUCUGCACCAUUCUACUUGCUGCCUGGGCACAGGAGUGGUAGCAUGGCCCAGUGCUGCAGAGAAAUAGCAUGGGUGGAAGCCAUGGUUACGAUGACAGCAAGCACCUGUCUGCCCAACCUCUGCCCCCUCUUUUUAUUCUGUUUCUUGAGGUCAUAUUCAUCAGAGGUUGUUCACGUCGACCUUUCUCUCCCCAACCCCAGCUGGAGCAAGGACAUGAGACUCAUUUUUGACCAGUUCAUGAAGAAGAGUGAAGAUAGCUCUUGGAAACGUUUGCCUUCAUAUAAAUUUACAUCUUCUAAAAGGCUUGAAGAGGUCAAAACCUUUUUUCCUGAUGCAAAGCCUGUGAAAGAAGAACCAUUGUCACAGGCUCGGCUCUUUCCCAGAAGCCUUGAAGAAGGUCUGGGGUUUGAAUAUGCGAUGUUCCAUAAUCAUGUUGAAAAUAGGACAGUUUGCAUAUUGCAAGGAGGUCCUUACCUGCAAGGAAUACCUGGAUUCCUUCACGGAGGUGCCAUUGCAACCAUGAUUGAUUCUACUGUUGGUAUGUGUGCAGUUAUAACUGGGGGAGCUGUCAUGACUGCCAAUCUCAACAUCAAUUUUAGAAGGCUUAUUUGUAAAAACUGGAUCCUAAAAAAAGUUCGCCAUAAAAGUUUCUGGUGCAUUCUGCACCAACCUGCACUGGGCUUUCCUUCCCUCCAGAAGAAGCUGGUGUCUCUGGUCCUGCCCUGCUUACCUGCUUUUGAGGCCCCCCAGGGGGUGAAGCCGCUAAUACUGAUCUUCCUGAACAAAUCUUCGGAAUACAACUCCAGGAGCUGUUCGCACCUUCUAAACUCUUUUAACACAGAAGGACUCUCUGUGACAGUAUCAGCAGUUCUUUAUGUGUCCUCAGAAUAAGUUCUGGUUCUCCUGAAUUUGAAUGGGCUCCUUAAGGUUGCAUAAGCAUGGUGUCUGCCCCAUUGCCGACUGAAGAAAUUCAUAUUGAACUCUUACACAAAAAAAAAAAAGAAAGAAACUCUUACCACAACUAGAAAAUGCCAGAAAACUGAAGGAAGUUGUGUGUGUGUGUGUGUGUGUGUGUGUGGUGUAUGUGUGUGUAUGUGUGUGUAUGUGUGUGUGAGAGAGAGAGAGAGGUAAAUAACAAAGCUCGCUAUAUUAUAUCCAAACAAAUCUUUUUUGGCCACAGUAGGAAGCACAACUAUUUCCUUUAGGAAUGAACGAUACCUCAACUCUGAAUCCUAGGGAUUAAAUAGCUGUACCA